AUCUGGACCGGCUUGCACUGCUCAAUUCCAUUCCUGCAAUAAUAAAACGCAAUGGGGAAAAAGUCGAAUCCCGUGAAGGACUUUAUCGCCGGAGGUGCAGGAGGAGUAUGUUGCGUUUUUGCCGGCCAUCCUCUUGACACCAUAAAGGUGCGAGUACAGACCAUGCCCAAACCAGCACCAGGACAGAGCCCAUUAUACAAGGGAACACUAGACUGUGCCUUAAAGACAGUCCAGAAAGAGGGAUUCUUGGGAUUAUACAAAGGCAUGGCUGCCCCUUUGAUGGGUGUGGCACCUAUGUUUGCCAUCUGUUUCUUUGGUUUUGGAGUGGGUAAAAGAUUACAACAGAAGAAUCCUGGAGACUCUCUAUCGUAUGUUCAAAUUUUCAUGGCUGGAGGACUGGCUGGAGUAUUUACCACCGGAAUUAUGACCCCAGGGGAGAGGAUUAAGUGUCUUCUACAGAUCCAGGCUGAUUCAAAGGUGAAGAAAUAUGCUGGUCCUGUUGACUGUGCCAAGCAGCUAUACAAGGAAGGUGGAAUCCGCAGUAUCUACAAGGGUACUGCGGCAACACUCCUCCGAGACAUACCAGCUAGUGGAAUGUAUUUCAUGAGCUACGAGUAUCUACAACAUACACUCACACCAGCAGGAGGAAGUCGUGAAGAUUUAAGUGUGGGACGUACCCUGUUCGCUGGGGGAGUGGCAGGCAUUUGUAACUGGGGUGUGUGUCUCCCAGCAGAUGUCCUCAAAUCAAGGCUACAGACAGCUCCUGCUGGUACAUACCCCAAUGGUAUCCGUGACGUGUACCGACAGCUGAUGAGGGAGGAAGGGUUUAUGUCCCUGUACAAAGGCUUCACCCCAGUCAUGCUCAGAGCAUUCCCAGCUAAUGCUGCCUGUUUCUUAGGAUUUGAGGUGACAAUGAAGGCGCUCAACUGGCUGUCCCCAGAAAAUUGAUGCCUGCUGUUGAUAAAGAUUGCUAAUAUGCAUGAUACAUUUGACCUUGUGCUGACCUUUCUAGAGAAUCAUCCUCUGAGGUCAGGAUGGGGUCAGAUGUAUAUAUUCAGUGUCCUUGAAUUUGAGUUGGAAAUCUCAGGGCUGUGUGAUAUACUUCUUGUAUGGGAGAGCAUGCGAUAGUAGCGAUAUCUAUACAGACUGUGAAAUUAAUUUCAUGUAAGAAUUGUGAUGUUUAUACUUACCUGAAAGGUAAUGUGUGAUACUUAUAGAAAUUCAAAUUAUGUUUCAUUUUCUUAUUUAACAAUACAAUAUUUGCUUUCAUUAAUUCUGCUCUUUGUAAGAAGUUUCAUACUUUUGAUGUUUACUUUUAAUUUGCAAAAAUAUGGAAUUAUGAAAAUUAGACUGAUUCUAUCAUACCAUGUGUUUUUUUUCACCCAAGUUCAGUUUAUUGUUUUGAGUUAUUCAACCAUAUCAGAAGUCUUGUUUUAGUCUAAUUAAUAUACCAUAUCUUAUAUUAGUUUUACUCAUUUGUGUACGCUACUCUACCAAAACAUUAUUGUCAACUAAUCUGUGGUUAGUCUUUUCUGCUUGGUUUUUGUGAACCAUGAUUUACUGAAAUUUUUCAUAAUAAAAUUGUAAAAUAAAGACAUUUAAGUCUGUUUACAUGUAAAACAUGAAUAAACAGGUUUAUAUUCAUUUAUGAAUAGGUCCAUUCUAUACUUUCCUAUAUAAAUUCCACAUUUAUAUAACGUUACAUACAUUAACCACCUCUCUAAAAGGGGCACCUGUCUAUAAAGAACUUUUUUCAGAUGACCUUUGAGCACAGCUUUGACUCUUGCCCUUUAACUAUGUAAUCACACUUGUGGGCGAUUUAGGUCCUUACUGAUAUAGAUAUAUGAUUUAUGUUGUUGAAAUUAAUUUUCUUAAAGUUAAUGUUGUGAGUACAGCGGUAUUUAGCAAUUUGUUUCUCUUGAUAUUUUAUGUAAUCAGAUUUAAUAAAUUAUUUUUGAACACAA